AUGGGCAGCAAAGAGAAGAUUCCAGAAGAGGACGCGUGUCUACCGUACUUUCACGGCGCCCUCAUGAAUAUUGACGCCGAUCAAUUGCUGGUGAAUGACGGUGAUUUUAUGGUGACAAUGAAGCUACAAAUCGAUAUUAAUAAAUUACAAUUCUUCCUGGCGGUUCGUCUCAAAAAAGGUGUCCGGCGAUAUGAGAUCAAAAGAAGCGCAACACAAGCGAAAAUGGCGACACGAAGUGCGGCGAACAUUGAGAAAUUGAUAAAUUUGUUGAAAACGGACCCCGUGGAGAUAAAGGGCGAGAAGGUGGUGUUGAAGAGGGCGAUAGCGAAGGGAAAGUUCCAGUUGAUGCAUAAAGAUGUGAUUUUUAAGAAGAAAAUCGGCGCCGGCGCGUACGGCACAGUUUACCGUGGCCGACUCGUCAGAACGAAUGAGGUGAUCGCGGUGAAGAAGUUGGAUCCAGAAUCCGCCGACGAGGAUGGACUGGCGGAAAUGAUGAAGGAGGCGAGAGUGAUGCAGUUGUACGAUCAUCCGAAUAUUGUCAAAUUUCACGGUUUCAUUUUGGACGAUUUGCCGUAUUUGCUGGUUUUGGAGUUUUGUAAUGGAGGAUCGGUGGAGGAUCGGUUGAGGGAGAAGGGACCGAAAAUCACGACAAUCACCCGUAGCAACUAUACGUACAUGGCGGCGUGCGGUAUGGAUUAUCUCCACAAAAAAGGUUGCAUCCAUCGAGAUAUCGCCGCCCGUAACUGCCUAAUUCACAAGGGAAUCGUGAAAAUGGCGGAUUUCGGUAUGUGCCGCGCACAGUCCGUCUACAAAAUGGACUUGACGAAGCCGUGCAACGUUCGCUGGUUGGCACCGGAGGUUUGGGAUACCGGCGAGACGCGGUUCAAUACCGACGUCUUCGCGUUUGGCAUAAUGAUUUGGGAGUUUUUUCAAGUUCCCUACGAGACGCCCUAUUCGGAAAUGAAGGCGGGACAGGUGAAACGCAAAACUCGAGCUGGCUACCGUCUCCCGGCACCCGACAACAUGCCAUCUGAAAUCGAUGAGAUUAUGAAAGAGUGUUGCCACGCGGCGCCGGAUAAACGUCCGACCGCCGAAAAGCUCAAGGAAUCGUUGGAGGCGGCGGUGACGAAGAAAAAGAAGUCACAAUCCACCAGCGUUUCGAGUUCAGCAUUGACUCCGGCAGCAGAGUCAACGAAUACCUCGAAAGUUUCGGCGAUGUCGUCGCCGCCAAAGAAACAGGAAGUAUCGGUGGAAAAAAAUUCGAAAAAUACGAAGAAAAAGAAGCGAGCGGGAGAUUCGAGGGGUUGA